AGGAUUUAAAGGAAGACUUGUCUCUUCAGUUUUCCUAUUCAGACACCCUACCCUCACUCCAAGCAAUGAUCUUGUCUCCUCCUUUAUUGAGUAUAUUUAAUUUGUCAGAUAUAGUUAUGUCCACUUCCUGUUUUCCGUGUAAAAAAUCAUCUUCAUCUGCCUUCAUUCGUCCCCUUUUUCCCCCUGGACUCUGAAGAGGGGUCCCUCCUUCUGUUUAAAGCCAAAUCUCUUCAUCUGAGCCAUCACUGACUCAGCCCCUCCCCCAAAUCCCAUGGGGCCUUGCUUUAUUGCUCACCCCUCGCUCUUCAAAUGGGUAGCCUCCCCACCCCCCGCUGGCUCUUUCCUUCUGACCCCUAACCAUGUUCCUGUUUCCCCUAGUUCAAAAACAAAGCAAAAAACAAACUCAUGGACUCCACACUCCCUUCUGGCACACUGUUUCUGCUUCCUUUCUUAGCCAAGUUUCUUAGAACAGUGGUAUAUACACUCCCUCACCCUCCAUUUACUGCCUGGACCCAUUGGAAUCCAGCACCUCUCCGGGUUACACUGCAGAAACUCCUGUAGUAAGAGAGGCCACUGGCCUCAACAGGUACCACACAUUGGCUGCUCUUCAGUGCUUGUCUUGAUGUUCUCCUCUUUUUCUUUUGCCUCUGUUGACCCUCCUCUGGCCUCCAUGACACAAUUCUGUCCUGGUUCCGGGACCUCCUGGUUCGCCCCUUCUGGUCUCCUUUGUGGGCUCUUCUCUGCCCAACCCCACGUGUGCUGGUGUCACCCAAGAUUCUGGUUUUGACCCAUUAUCCUACAUACGUCACUUAGGGAUACUCACUGUUGUAAUUUAAGGUAUUUUCUGGGUACUGCAGCUAGAGUGAUCCGUCAAGACUCAAUCCGAUAAUACCACUUACUGGUGUAAAAUGCUCUCAUGGGGGCGCCUCAUGGGUGGCUCGGUCAGUUAAGGGUCCAACUUGGGCUCAGGUCACAAUCUCAUGGUUCAUGAGUUCAAGUCCCGCUCUGGGUCUCCGGAAAGUGGGGGAAAGGAAACCAACAUUUAGUACACGAGGCAUUGUAUAAGGGGUUUUUAUAUGCUGUCUUUAUUUCAUUUUUACCACUCGUUUUCCAGAUGAGGAAACAGGCUCAGAGAAGUCAGUGACUUUUGCAAGGUCACAUUCAGUGUUGGACACGUAAAAUUGUAGCAGUGUGAGUUUGAGCCUGUUGCACAUGGGAGGCUGCUGCCUCCACAGUGCUCUGUCGCGAUCUCAUUUAUCCGUCCCUUGGACCCAUGCAGGAGCCGGGUGUGGGCUGAGCCCUGCCUGAUCAAGGCUGCCAAGGAGGAGUACAACGGGGUGGUAGAAGAUUUUCUGGCAACAGGAGAGAAACUUUUUGGACCCUACGUUUGGGGAAGGUAUGACCUGCUCUUCAUGCCCCCAUCCUUUCCAUUUGGAGGAAUGGAGAACCCUUGUCUGACCUUUGUCACCCCCUGCCUGCUAGCAGGGGACCGCUCCUUGGCUGAUGUCAUCAUCCAUGAGAUCUCCCACAGUUGGUUUGGGAACCUGGUCACCAAUGCCAACUGGGGUGAAUUCUGGCUCAAUGAAGGUUUCACCAUGUAUGCCCAGAGGAGGAUCUCUACUGUCCUCUUUGGCUCUGCUUACACCUGCUUAGAAGCUGCAACCGGGCGGGCUCUGCUUCGACAGCACAUGGACAUCACUGGCGAGGAAAACCCACUCAACAAGCUCCGAGUGAAGAUUGAACCAGGUGUGGACCCAGAUGAUACCUACAACGAGACCCCCUAUGAGAAAGGCUUCUGCUUUGUCUCAUACCUGGCCCACUUGGUGGGUGAUCAGGAUGAGUUUGACAAUUUUCUCAAGGCCUAUGUUAAUGAAUUCAAAUUCCAAAGUAUCUUAGCUGAUGACUUUCUAGAAUUCUACUUGGAAUACUUCCCUGAGCUGAAGAAGAAGAGAGUGGAUUCCAUUCCAGGUUUUGAGUUUGAUCGGUGGUUGAACACCCCUGGCUGGCCCCCCUACCUCCCUGACCUCUCCCCUGGGGACUCGCUUAUGAAGCCUGCUGAAGAGCUGGCCCAGCUGUGGGAGACCAAGGAGCUGGACAUGAAGGCCAUUGAAGCUGUGGCCAUUUCUACCUGGAAGACCUACCAGCUGGUUUACUUCCUAGAUAAGAUCCUCCAGAAAUCCCCUCUCCCUCCCGGGAAUGUGAAGAAACUGGGAGAGACUUACCCAAAGAUCUCCAACUCCCAGAAUGCGGAGCUCCGGCUCCGAUGGGGCCAGAUCGUCAUUAAGAAUGACCACCAGGAGGAUUUCUGGAAAGUGAAGGAAUUCCUGCAGAGCCAGGGGAAACAGAAGUACACUCUUCCGCUGUACCACGCGAUGAUGGGUGGCAGCGAGGUGGCCCAGACCCUUGCCAAGGAGACCUUCAAGGCCACCGCCCCCCAACUCCACAGCAACGUUGUCAACUACGUCCAGCAGAUCGUGGCGCCCAAGGGCAGUUAGAAGCUCGUGGGCAUGGCCUCUGCCUCUUCAGACUUCGCAGGCUUUCAGAAUACUGUUCCCAAAUUCCAGUUCUCCAGUCAAAUUCCUGAAGUUUAUACACCCUCGGAAAAAUCUGUUCUCUGGCUUGGGGGCUGCGACUCUUGGGCCUCUGCUUUGGUGGGAACUUCUCUGGAUCGGGAAGUCCUGAGACCAGAGAACCUUCCACAGCUCUCUACUGCAGGCUGCCGGCUGUGGUGACGGCAGGCAAUUUUCUCCCCCUCCCCACUCUCUGGGAAGAGCAGAGAGGAUUUUCUGGUCCUUUCUCUUCCCUUCUCUUCCCUCUCCUUUUCUUUCCCUUCCUUUUCUGAUUCUUGAAGUACUGUGCAAAGGGCUGCAUUCUGGGAAUUCUUUUUUUUUUUCCAGGUUUAAUCUUUAUUUUAAUAAAUAUUUUUAAGUGAAAAGUA